AUGGAAAGGGGUCCUAGGUUGACUGAUGAACAUAAAGCAAUGUUAACCUGUGAUUUCAGUGUUUCAGAUGUUAAGAAAGUUCUUGAUGACAUUCCUAAGUCUUUUAGAACAAGGAAAAUGCUAAAGGAGAUUAAUGUAACCUCCAUCACCCUUGUUCCAAAGGUGAGUGUGCCUGCUACAGUUGGAGACAUUAGGCCCAUAACAUGUUGCUCUAUAUUGUACAAGUGCAUUUCUAAAUUAUUGUGUGAGAAAUUAGGAGCUAUGUUGCCUAAUAUCAUUUCCCAGAAUAAAGGGGCAUUUGUUGUAGGGAGAUCAAUCCUGCAUAAUGUCCUCAUUUGUCAAGAUAUCAUUAAGGUGUGCAAGAAGGGUCAAACUCAACCAAAUUUCUUUCUGAAACUGGAUCUUCAGAAGGCUUAUGACACCAUGGAGUGGGGUUUCAUUCAAGAAGUGAUGUCUUACCUGGAGUUUCCACCAUUCUUCAUUAAGUUGAUCAUGACUUGCUUAACUACUACUUAG